GAGAGUUGUAGUAUGGCACUGGUAGAGUAAAUUCAGGAUCCAUUUUUUCUCCCCUGUGAUUACAAGCUUAGGUUUAAUUGGGGGAAGUAGCACUGCAGAUAAAAUGUCGUCCUGGGCGAAAUCACCUGGGGCAGCCCGGCGACCACCAGCUAACCCAAAUGGAAGUGCUCAACAACUGCGUCUGUUCCGGAGAGCGGCGCCGUACCCCAGCAGAGAAGAGAGGACCGACGAGCUCAAGGAUGCCUUGGACAGUUAUGAAGAACUAGAGCAAAUGCAAAACUACAGUGGAAGUGUGAAGUAUGAGGGAUACAAACAUCAACCCAAUGCCAAGUCAGAGGGCUGCACUCCAGCAGACAGACGUAAAGCCCUGUAUCAAAAGUUCUACAGACAGGUGCAGGAGGAGAGGAAGCCAGCUGACUGUGUGGUCCUCUCUGUCACCAACCAGUGCCUGGAUUACCCCAAAUCGCUAAGCCAGUGCUUGCAGGAGCGUGGCCUAUCAGUGGAAAUGAUCUACCUUCAGGCGGAAUCGGGCCUGACCCGGGCCCUGCAGGAUAUCCGAGCAGACGGCUCCUCGUUAUGUAUUCUGGUGGAGCAGACAAAUGUAGCUCUGUCCUCCUGCACUGUUAUCAUAUUCUCAGAAUCCCUCAAAAUCCAUCGCAACAUGCCCAAAGACCAAGCCAUGGACUUUGUUGCAGCGGAGUACCAUCGCGGACUUGUCAAAGAGCGCCCAACAAGGGACCCUGCAGACAUUGCAGCACAGGCUUCACAGCUGCUAGACGACUUCCUGGAUAGAGAAAAGAUUGAGCGUCACACUGUUCCCUCUGAAACCCGUCAGCUCCUCAUGCUGUUAGCUGAGGGGGUGCAUCUCUACCCUGAGGAGCUAGAAACAAUCUCAGAGUAUGUCCGUACCCGGCAGGAUCACAUUCAAGCCUCCAACACUGAGGGAGAGAGGGGUAACAUGUUACCGCCAGGACUGGGGAAACCGCCUCCCCUGCUCCCUACUCCACCCGGGCCCCCUCAACCCCAGUCUGUAGGCGGAGCAGGGGGGCCCAUGAUGGACCACCCUCCACCUGCUCCUCUCUUGCCUUCGCCAGGCUCUUAUCCCAAAACCAAACCUCCUCCACUACUGUCCUUGCAUCGACCUCCUGGUCCAUCAUUAGGGCCCCCAACUUCACGAGGCCCCCUGUCCUCACACAUCCCAUAUGGUGCCCCUGCAAUGCCACGUGGGCCCCUACUCCACCACACUCCUCCAUACCACCCAGGCCCAAGGGGCCCUCAUGGGAAUAGAGGAGCCCCACCAUCUCUAAAGAGUUCCCGUCCUCCACUUCUCUCUGCUCCAGGUGCAACUCUUCCACGACCGAGCGGCCCCCGACACUAAGAAAUAAUAGAGACAUCCACACACACAAACACACACUGGAACACCUGCAGGCUACAAGUGCCAGCAGUGUUUGACGUUUUCACCUAACUCUAGCACAGAAGACUCCUGGCCCCAGUGUAGGACAACUGUUCUGACCUUUCUAAAUGAAGGCAGUAAACCACAUUGAGUUAGAUGAAGUGUUUGAUAUUAUCAAAUUAUUGUGGAUGGAUUGAUGGAGGUUGGCAUGGAGUAUUCCAAUGACAUAAUUUUAAAUAUUUUCCAUUAUCCGUCUGUUAUCAUUGUUUUUUUUUUUCUUUGUAAUGUACAUUUCUCACGCAGAGUUAUCCCGUAAGAAAAGCAUGUUCUGUACUUCCAGUUUGCCUGUAGACUCCAUAAUGUUAGUGUAGGUUACAGUGACAAGCUAGAUAAACCUUGGACAUCUGCCUUGACAAGUGGACUGCACAAAAAUUCCUGGUUACAAUGGCCAGCUGGUUCAUAUUUAAAGCAGCAAAAAUGUAAGCUAUGGGUAGUCACACAAUGGUAAUUGGACUUUUUUUUUAAAGUUUCUAAUAAAUAUAGCAAGCAGCCUACCUGCUGCAUACAGUGUUUCAAGAUGGUGCUCAAGAUUUCAUGAGGAGUUCUCAGAUUCCCUUGAGGAGGGAAUUUCAACAACCAAUUAAAUUUUUGUUUAUACCAUA